UACAACGUACGUAAAUCAAAGGACACAGUCAUGGCGACACUGCUACGGGACUCCAGGGUUGCAGAGUACGACGUGCUCAUUCAUGUCGACAACACAUCACCCAGCGAAGGAUAUCUUCCACCUCUGCUACCCGACCGUAGACGAUGGGGAAGGCCCAGCACAGGUGUGCUUCUUUGUCAAUAA